AUGCUGCAGGAAAACAAAUUGCUAUCCAUUCUUCUUGGAAAAGAAGCUACUAAACAAGUUGUUUUUUGGAAUGCUGAUUCUGGAAAAUAUCGUCAGCUGCCGGAUUUAGCUUCUACUUCUGGAACCUAUAUGACAGACAUGUCAAAUGAUAAUAUUAGUUCUGAAGAUAAGAGUAGCCAUUAUCUUCUUGAUGAUAUGAGUUUGUACAUGGAGAAUCGGACCGAUUUAUAUGAUGGUUGUGAUGAUAGUCUUCCUUGUCACUUACAAACUGACUCAAGAGCACUAGCUUGUGUGGGCUGUGGAAUACUCGAUCUGGCAAUUAGUGGUGAAGAACUUGAUGAAUAUAAAGAUUGGACAUCUAAAAUAGGCCUUAACCUAUGGUUCUGUGUCAACAGUAUAAACAAAUCUCCAUGUGAACAAGUUCCUUUGACACUAGAAUUAGGGAUGCAACUCUAUCAUAAACAUCCUGGUUUAUCUAUAAAUUGGCAUUCAUGGAAAACUCGGUCUAAAAGGUCAAAUCAUUUAGCUCAGUCUCAACCUGAUAACAUUCAAAUAAAGAAAGAUGAAUCCUCGAGUAAUUCUGAAUAUGCACAGAAUAACAAUGCAAACUCGAGUCAAAGAAACACAAACAAAAAUGAAAGUACCAAUGACUGUGGGAACGCCUCAAAUGAUGCCAAUGAAACCGAGAACGCUGAUCAGAACAAAACUAGUGAAAAUGAAUCAGUGGUUUUAUCUCCCCACCUUUUUGUAUCUUCUAUCGGAUCUGUUCCCGCGCCCGUUGAAGUUGCCGAAUCCUUACCUGUUAAAAUAUACACAAAGUCACACAAACAUCAAGAAGGACUUAGCAGGCAAUUUAGAACUAGUGGUAGUUACCCUGAAAAUGUUGACUCCCAUAUUCGUCUCAAUAAGGGUACUUUGUUGAAUUCGUUGUGGAAAUUAAAUGUAGUGGACAUAGAAGUAACCCUUGCAUACAUGUGUCAAAUGGUGCUAAAGAAAAAUGAUGUCCAGGAGGGAACUCCUAGCCCGUCCACAGUUCAGCCCUGCAUAGAAAGAUUAAAAAGCAAAAAUCAAUAA